AAGGGGCAUCGGAGAUAUUAGGAAAUAAUUUUUGAGAAUUUAAAUAGGCCGGGCAAAGCCUUGGGGAUCCCCAGCUUCCUCUCCAUUUGCCUCGUCACGACUUUCUCUCUUACCACCAUCAUGGCUCUCCAGUCUCGCUCAAUAUUGCAGCUUUCCCGUUCCUCACUGGGUCGUACAGCAGGUGUCUCGGCCCGAUUUUCGACAACGGUUCCGUCAUCGAGUGCUCUCAAAGAGCGUUUGGCCCAACUCAUUCCUCAAGAACAGGAAAAUGUGAAGCAAGCCCGACUCGAACACGGUAAAAAGUCAUUUGGACCGGUAGUCGUCGACCAGCUCUACGGAGGGAUGCGUGGUCUCCCAGCCCUCAUCUGGGAGGGGUCAGUGCUCGACGCUGAUGAGGGUAUCCGCUUCCGUGGCAAAACCAUUCCCGAGUGUCAAGCCCUCCUCCCCAAAGCCCCUGGUGGCUCUGAGCCCCUUCCAGAGGCCUUGUUCUGGCUUCUUCUCACUGGAGAAAUCCCUACUCAGGAACAGGCCACGGAUCUUUCAAAAGACUGGGCGGCGCGCGCCGCCAUUCCCGAAUUUGUUGAAGAGAUCUUGGACAGGUGCCCCCCUACCCUCCAUCCCAUGAGCCAAUUCAGUUUGGCUGUUACUGCCCUCAAUCACAACUCCGCCUUUGCCCAGGCCUAUCAAAAUGGUAUCUCCAAGAAGGAAUACUGGGGACCUACCUUUGAGGAUUCUAUGGACUUGAUCGCCAAACUUCCUAACAUUGCCGGUCGAAUUUACCGGAACGUCUUCGGUAAAGGCAAGCUUCCCGCAAUUGAUCCCGCCAAGGAUUAUUCUGCCAAUUUAGCUACCCUUCUUGGCUUCGGGGAAAAUGAUGCAUUUGUCGAGCUUCUUCGCUUGUACAUCACUAUUCACAGUGAUCACGAGGGUGGAAACGUUUCUGCUCACACUGGCAAGUUAGUCGGCUCUGCUCUCUCAGAUCCUUUCCUUGCCUUUGCCGCCUCUUUGAAUGGUCUAGCUGGUCCUCUCCAUGGUUUGGCGAACCAGGAAGUGCUUCUGUGGUUGAACAAGAUGCAGGAAACCAUCGGCAGGGACGCGAGUGACGAUGCCGUCAAGGAGUACGUCUGGGCGACGCUGAAGGGUGGAAAGGUCGUCCCAGGCUACGGUCACGCGGUGCUCAGGAAAACCGACCCUCGAUACACAGCCCAGCGUGAGUUUGCGCUUAAGCAUCUCCCUGAUGACCCUCUGUUCAAGCUUGUGGGCCAAAUCUAUGAGAUCGUUCCGAACAUUCUUCUCGAGGCUGGAAAGGCUAAAAAUCCUUGGCCCAAUGUCGAUGCUCACUCUGGUGCUCUCUUGACCCACUAUGGCUUGACAGAAAUGCAAUUCUACACCGUCCUGUUCGGUGUCUCCCGUGCUUUCGGUGUUGUGGCACAGCUCAUUUGGGAUCGUGCCCUUGGUGCUCCUCUGGAGCGUCCCAAGUCGUAUUCGACGGAAGCCAUCAAAAAAAUAUUUGCCGGAAAGGCUUAACUUAUAUUACUAUGCCUUCUGGAUAUUUGUAUUCACACUUAAUAUCAUAUACCCUAUGUUUGCAUAUGGGGCCCUUACCUUA